AUGCCUAUUGAAAUGUCCCCAUACCGAAUGGAUAUGAAUAUGAAUACUGAGGUUGGAGCUGCAGAAAGGAGAAUGCAGUUACAGGAGCUGGAAGAGCUUCGCCUGGACGUCUAUGACUCUGCCAUGUGGUACAAAGAAAAGACAAAAAUAUGGCAUGAUAAGAACCUUCGCAAGAAGGAACUAAAGAUAGGCCAGAAAGUUUUGUUGUUUCAAUCCAGACUGAAAUUGAUGCCAGGAAAGCUCAGAUCUAGGUGGAUAGGUCCUUAUACCAUUAUCGCCAUCCGAGCGAAUGGAGCAAUCGAACUCCAAGGAGGCGAUCCUGAUUCACCUUCUUUCAUAGUGAAUGGACACAGGGUUAAACCAUACAGAGAAGGAAUGGAGGCAUUUGUAGUGGACGAUAUUCCACUACUAAUGCCUAACUCUCUCCAGUAG